UACGUCACGGGGAAUUUCCAGCAAGGAAGUCAACUUUUCUAUACAAACACAUCGAUUGUGGCACAAAGUGCUUCAUCAAUGAAACCGUAUCGUCCUUAUCUCGAGACAAUUAUCCGCUUUCUUUCUUUUCUUUUCUAGUCCUUUUUCUUUCUUUUUAUUUAAGUAGUCGUCCUGAGUAAAUCCUGAAUGAGAAAAGCUAUCUGUAUCAACAGCACACGUUUAAGAGGUUUUAACAUGGCGCAGUAAAUUAUAAUCUUUUACAAACACUUUCUCAGGAUCAAAAUUCAUGUUCUUUCUGCAUUCUGGACUGUUCUUCGUGAAGGAACCAUGACUGAAGAGGACCCGUAUCUUCCAGCGCAUCAGGAGUACUUUGACUUUGAUCCCCAAUGGAUUCAGAUCGACCAGGGUUUUCCCAACGUGGCAAUUUCGAACCAGCAACGUUUAGAAGGACCUUGUCUCCAAAUUACAGAGCAGCCCAAGCAGCGGGGCUUCAGGUUCCGGUACGGCUGCGAGGGCCCAUCUCACGGAGGACUCCCGGGAGCCUGCAGCGAGAAAAACAGGAAGACGUAUCCUCAAGUUAAGAUCUGUCAUUAUCAUGGUCCAGCACGAAUUGUGGUCCAGCUGGUGACUAACUCCAAACAGCCACACCUGCAUGCGCACAGCCUCGUGGGAAAACAGUGCGACAAGGGCAUCUGCACCGUCGAUCUCCAGCCCAAAGACUCCUCCAUCAGUUUUCCUAACCUGGGAAUCCUUCAUGUGACGAAGAAGAAUGUAAGUAAGACUCUGGAGGAGAGGAUGAGUGAAGCCUACAGGCUUGGUUACAACUACGGCGUGGUCAUCCAUCAUGAAAUCGACUCUUUCCAGGGAGAGACCCGUCUUCCUAGAGAGCUCACAGAUCACCAGAGGAAUUUGAUCGCCAAUGCCGCAGCUAGCCAGGCCAAAGACAUGGACCUGAGUGUAGUGAGGCUCAUGUUCACCGCCCUUCUGCCCGACAGCGAGGGCGGUUUCACCCGCAGACUCGAGCCGGUCAUAUCGGAGCCCAUCUACGACAGCAAAGCUCCGAACGCCUCGAACCUGAAGAUCGUGCGGAUGGACCGCACGGCAGGGUGUGUUACAGGUGGAGAGGAAGUCUACCUGCUUUGUGACAAAGUUCAGAAAGAUGACAUCCAAGUGCGCUUUUAUGAGGAUGACGAGACGGGGAUCGUCUGGGAGGCAUUUGGGGAUUUCUCUCCCACUGACGUGCACAGACAGUUCGCCAUUGUCUUCAAGACGCCGAAAUACCGUGACCAGAAUCUUCAGAAACCCAUCUCGGUGUUCGUGCAGCUCAAAAGGAAGUCAGACAACGAGAUGAGCGAGCCCAAACCGUUCACCUAUCACCCACAGAUCAUAGAUAAGGAAGAAGUACAGAGGAAGAGACAAAAGACACUGCCCAAUUUCCCAGAUUAUGGUGGCACAGGGGGUGGAGUCGGGGGCAUGUACAGAGGGCCUGGUGGAGGGGCUACGUCAGGUGGUGGACACGGUGCCGGUGGAGGAGGAGGGGGAGGAGGAGGUGGAGGUGGUGGAGGUGGAGGAUAUUAUCAGGGAUAUUAUAACAACUUCAACUCUGGUUAUGGCUAUCAAUCGUCCAUGGGUGGAGGAGGGAGCGGCAUUAAGCACUCUAAUCACGGUCCGGUGGAAGACACAGACGAAGAGAGCGACAGCGACCUGGACGACGAUCCAGGGACGGGGGGUGUGUGUGUAGCAUCAGAGGAGAAGCGUGAAGAGAGCCAGGGUUUGGAGGAGACCGAUGUGUUUGAGACAGAACCCACAGAGUGUUUGUUUGAGCCGAGUUUAGCCGAGCUAGCACAGAGACACGCCAAGGCUUUAUUCGAGUAUGCCAUGAGCAGUGAUGUUCGCAGACUGCUGGUUCCACAGCGCCCGCUGAUGGCUGCUCAGGAUGAGAACGGAGACACGGGGCUGCACUUGAGUGUGAUCCACAGUCAGACGGAUGCAGUGAAGAACCUAGUGGAGGUGAUAUCGGUGAUUCCCGGAGAAGACAUCUUGAACAUGAGGAAUGACCUGUAUCAGACUCCGUUGCACCUGGCUGUAGUGACUGAGCAGAAGGAAGCAGUGGAGGCGUUAAUGGAGGCAGGAAGUGACCUCACUCUCACCGAUCGCCAUGGCAACACGGCACUGCACCUGGCCGCCCAGCAGAAAGACGGAGAGAUGAUCCGAGUGCUGAUGAGACACAAAAAGGCGCUGGAGUUAAGCAGCAUGCACAACACAGCAGGUCUGUGUCCUCUGCAUAUAGCCGUCUUGGCGAACAGUCUGAGCGGCGUGAGGGCUUUGCUGGAGGCCCGGGUUAACGUGGAGGUUCAGGAGCGAACAUGCGGUCGCACACCGCUCCACCUCGCUACUGAACACGACAACGUCUCACUCGCUGGAUGCCUGCUGCUAGAGGGUGACGCUGAAGUGGACAGUCUGACGUAUAACGGCUCCACGCCUCUACACAUCGCAGCAGGGCGAGGCUCUCUGAAACUGAGCGCACUCCUCAUCGCCGCAGGCGCUGAUCCUCAUAAAGAGAACUUCGAGCCGUUGUUCUUCAGAGAGGACGAAUGCUGCAAUGAAGACAAAGACGAGGUGGACGAGGGCUACAUCCCGGGGAUGACCCCGCUUAACAUGGCUGCUUCAUCAGAGGUGCGGGAAAUCCUGAACGGUAAACCGUACCAGCCCAGCACUGUUGUCGUCCCAGCACAAGGAGACCUGCACAGACUGGGCACGGAGACAAAGCAGGCACUGUGCAAAUGUCUGGAGGAGUCUGUAGGAGGUUGGGAGAGUCUCGCACACACACUCAGACUCGGCAUUCUCACCAACGCCUUCCGCCUCAGCCCACGGCCGGCCUGCACACUUCUGGAUAGCUACGAGGUAUCAGGCGGGACGGUGCGCGAGCUCUUAGCGGGUCUGAAGAGUAUCGGGAACACGGGCGCCAUCAGCAUACUGCAGGAGAGCAUCGUGUGCGAGGAAAACGAUAACGCAUACGAUGAAGGUCUGACCACAGACGGUGUGUCUGCAGACCUGCAGGCUCUAAAAAUAACUUCAUCCGACGACAACGGUGUGUGCGAUAGCGGCGUGGAGACGUCCUUCCAGUAACCGUACCUCACCACGACCGACCUGCUGACCGCCAGCUGGAGCCGAAGUCCCCAAACCUCGAACUAUGAACGCUGCUCUGAUCUGGGACUCGUCUUUGGCCUGUGCCAUUGGAUGCCGUCGAGCCACGCCCACACGCACGACCAUCGGCUAGGCAGUGCUUGGAGUGUUGUGACGGAGAGACGCACUUGGUUAAAUAAUUUCAGAUUAAUUUAAGUCCUUUUUUUUUAACUCUGGACAGGUUUCUUUUAUGUUUAUUUUUUGAGACAGUUAAACAGUUUAUUUCUGACAUAUUAAGCCUACUAUAACGUCCAGAAGACGCGUACAAGCCUACAUGCCGUGUGAGUGUGAUCUUAUUAGCAUCAUCAGGAGUUUUAAAUAUUCAGGGUUUGUACUGUAUACUAUAUAAGUUUCUUUUAGUGAAUCCUGCCUCAGGAAACGCUGCACUCCUUACAUCUCUGCCUGCUUCAUGUAGUCAGAUCCAUCCUUGGCAUCAUGCUCACACCUGAAUCUCUUUGGGGGUUUUUUUUUUUUUUUUUUGGACCUUCUGGACCAAUAGGCGUUUAGUAUCCUGAAGAAAAACAAUGAAAGGAAGCUUUUUUUGUUUUUUUGUUUUUUUUACAGCAGUGGCAUUUAUUUAACUCCUCUUAUUAUUUCGUCUAAGCUUUCAUCUACUGUUGCCUUGUAGAGGUGUUUAUGGGUACUGUGUUGAUUUUUUUUUUUUUUUUUUUAAUGUGUGUUUGUGGUGCUACAAUCAGAAACAAUGACGUUGCAUUUUUCAGCAUUUUUUCAUUUCAUAAGCUUAGAAAUCAAAGAGAAUUUUCCCACCUAAAAUCUCACAUCUAAAAGGAAGCAAUGAUACAGUUAACCUGAUAUGUAUUGGAUAUAGGUUUAUAUCAGGGCCCCAUACACUUUCUCUCUCACUCAUCCAUACACACACACACUAGCCAGUUUCUGGGAGGAGGUGGGAGGAAACCCGAAGACAAUCCCAAACAAACACAGAGAACACACAGAGCCCCACACAGACAAUAACGUGAGCUGUGAGACGACAGUGUUUCUCAUCUCCGCAAAGUAAAUCAUCGCUGAUUGACUGGAAAAUCGUGUACUUGUCGUUAUUUUUGCUUUUUGAGACCGUGAUAAUCUGAUGAAAUGGAGAAAACAAAAAAAAAGUCAAAUGGAUUUGACUUAUUUGAGUUCUCUGAUCAAAUACUCAUAUGAUGAUUGUAGUAGUAAUAGUAAUAAUAAUAAUAAUAAUAAUAAUGAUAAUCAGGCAUGUUUAAUGUGAUAUAUUCACAGCCCAUGUGUUACGAUCUUUGCACUGUGAGCAUUUAAAGGAUAAAGAGUCAAUGUGAAAUGUUUACCAGAGAUAUUUCUUUUCCCCCCUAUAACGUGUUUGUUUGCAGUUCCGCGUCAGAAUUUGAGAACAUAUCAGUAUAAAGAUAUCACAGAAAAGAAAGUUUGCUUCAUCUUGUAUUCACAGGCAACUGAUCCGAAAUUGUUGUUGUUUUUAAUCAUCGUUCCUAUGGAUAGACAUAGAAGCUCUAUGCCCUUUUCAUUCGUUUUUAGUUUAAUUUUCUAGAAUGUCUUUCUGUUCUUGUUAUUAUUAUCAUUACUAUUAUCAGCUCCAGACUGCUAUAUAUUGUUAUAUAGUGAGGAAAACCAAAGCAUUUUUUGCUUAGCGAUGAAACUGUAUUUAUAACUUGCUUUGAAAUGGGUUUUUACUGAUGUACUUUUAUAAUAAAACUACUAAUUACA